AUGUCCUGCGGCCACCAGUCCUGCUGCGAGGCCCCGCUCACGGAGGCGCAGAGGGGGCUGCACGGCGUCCUGGAGGGCAUCGCGGGAGCCAAGCACGUUCGCAAGAACUACACGCAGAAGGGGUCGCGCAUCGGGCAAGGCACCGCGCUGGCGCACGUGUCGCCCGGCACGCUCCAAGAGGCCGUGGAGGUCCUGAAGGCCUGCGUGGCCGCCGACGUGGCCGUCCUGCCGCAGGGGGCGAACACCUCGCUGACGGGCGCCUCGGUGGCGCGCGACACGCUGUGCGACCGCCCGACCGUGGUCGUCAACAUGCGGCGCCUGUCGAAGAUCCUGCCGAUCGGCGACGGCGCCCAGGUGCUGUGCUUCUCGGGGGCCGGCAUCUACGACCUGAAGCAGGUGCUGGAGACGCGGCACAAUCGCGACUCGCACUCCGUCCUCGGAUCUCUGUUCCUCAACCCCUCCGUCGGUGCUGGCAUUGCCUUCGGCAGCGGCGGCACGCAGAUUCGGAAGGGGCCCGCCUUCACGGAGCGUGCGCUGUAUUGCAAGGUGACGGCGAGCGGGGAGGUCGAGUUGGUCAAUACGUUGGGUCUCAGGAGCGUUGGCGACGGCGACGUCUUAUCGUUCCUGGACGGCAAGGAAGAGCUCGCAAAAGAGGACCUGGAUCCAAAGAGCAAGAAGGCCGCCUCGUGGCCGAACUACGGUGCAAACGUCCGGAAGUUGAACGGCGAGGUGUCCCGGUACAAUGCUGACACCACUGGCAUCGAUUGCUGCAGGUCUGAGGGCAAGGUGAUGAUCUUAGCCUCCAUUCACGACUCCUUCCAGAAGCCGAAGAGGUCCGAGUUGGUCUGGGUCUCUUGUAGAGACCUCGCCGCCGCCCACGCGCUGAAGAGGGAGGUCGCGCUCAAGGCAGAGAACUGCAUGGCCCAGUCAUGCGAGUACAUGAACAAGGAGGUGGUCACGGGUGUUGACCGCGCUGGCAGGAUCUUGAUCAAGAUGAUCGAGCUUGUCGGCAUGCAGCGGCUAGAGCCGCUGUGGAACCUGAAGCUCGCCAUCGAGGCCACGGGCCUCCCAUUCAGCGGCGUCGUCUGCGACAAGUUCCUCUGGUGGUUCAACGGCAUCAUCCCGAGACCGCUGCCCCCGGCACUGAGAGAUCUCUGCCAGGAGUUCGACCACCACCUGCUGGUCGAGAUGGCCGAGUACUCGGAGGGCGAGGUCGACCGCCUCCGCGGCGCCCUCGAAGGUUUCGUGGCCUCACGGCCGGAGGGCCACGUGAAGUACCACGUGUGUGCCGACGCCUUCGAGAGGUCCCGCGCGACGCUCUUCCGCUUCGUGGUGGCCCCCGCCUUCCGCACGUUCACGGUGGGGAGCGGCAUGCAGGGCCUGUCCAUAGACUACGCGCUGCCCAAGAGCUUCACGGAGUACCCAGACCUGCCGGAGAAGCAGUACCCGAUCGUCAACCGAUGGGUCUAUUCGCACUUCGGCUGCAACGUCUACCACGAGGACCUCGUCUUCGACAACGCCGUGGACGUCGAGGAGGCCAAGCACGAGAUCAAGCACGCUGUGGAGCACACGGGCGGGAAGCUGCCUGCGGAGCAUGGGCACGGGACGGAGUACAAGGCGCCGAAGGAGACGCAGGAGCGGUGGAAGAAGAUGGACCCCCUCAACGUCAUGAACCCUGGCGUGGGCGGCCUUUCGAACAACAAGUGUUACGGUGACAAGGCCGCACACUUGCGCUGA